AUGUGGAGGGAGCGGCUAAAGAACCCGCAAGUCAGCGUAGACUUGGUGCUUGCGAUCCACCCGGUACUCAAGGAAUGGCUCGACAGGAAGACAGGAGCACUCUCGUUCCGCCUCACGCAGGUGCUGACCGGGCAUGGGUGCUUCGGUCGGUACCUGUGCGAGAUCGUCGGAAGGGAGGAGAAUACACGCUGUCGCCAUUGUGACGCGGACAGGGAUACGGCCGAUCACACCGUGACGGCCUGUCCCUCCUGGAUUGGACAACGCGCGGCCCUGACGGCCGCAAUCGGACCUGACAUCACGCUGCCAGCAUUGGUGCGAGCCUUACUGCGCGGCGACCCGGACUGGAAAGCGGUGGAAGACUUCGCCGAAGAAGUUAUCUCCGCCAAAGAGGAGGCCGAGCGCAUAAGAGAAAGGGAGGCGCUCGACCCCAGAAGACGGCCAAGGCGAAGACGUCGUGCCAACAAUGGCGACAACAACGUCCCGCCAUAA